AUGGAUCCGCAAAAGCAGGAUGAGAUCAAGAGGAUAGCCAGACAAAUUAGCAGCCAAUCCCUGCAGCUGAAGAGCAUCUUCGACUCGUUGCUCCGAAAACGCCGAUCCAGCAGGGGAUCUGAAGAUGCAGACGAUGACUACGACACCCAAAUUCCCACCACCACUCACAUCUCGCGUCGCCCGAGGCCGCCUUCGCCACAGCAGGUCACAAUGCAAGCGUGCAUCGCGGAAAAAGAGCCGGAAAAUCCACGACCCUACGCGAACGAUCCCGUCUGGUGCGUCUGGGAAAACAAUAUGUUGAAGCUGACGCAACUUCUCAAGAUGCUGCUCACCGAACUUCGAAACGUUUCCGAGUAUACCAUGCAGGAUGAUCAUGAUGCGGCAGCUGAAGAGGCUUACCUCAACAGGGUCGCCACCAGCAAGCUCAUCGGAGGCUACCAUAACCGCGAAAAGGUGCGCGAUGCUCUGACUUCCCCUCCACCCGAACCACCUCCGUCUCGGCGAAAGUCCAAGGAUCAGACUGUCGCCGAGCGGCGUAGUAAACAGGGCUUGGGUGAAUACUUCAAGCGCCUAGCUGCACAGAUGGAUUUGCUGGCAGAGACUUUAAAACCGGUGUCCCCCAGCGCGGGGUCUCCGAUGCACGCUAGACUUCUGCCACUGGAAGAACAAGUGGGGCGUAUGGCCGCCAAUAUAGCGGGAGUGUCGAAAGCUAUCGCGAAGCCCGUAGAUCCGAUCGAUAUACUGCUGGCGAAAUACGCCAAGACUGUGUCCUUCCAGCCGGACCGUGAGUCUGGAAGCUACGUGGCCAGCAAUCGGGCUCCUGCGACUUCUUCUGGCAUGUCGAGCGAUGUGCUACCCCAGACCUUAGUGAGCGGUUAUCCUCUGACGCAACGUACACAGUCACAGUUGUCUCAGGAGAGGAUAGCGCAGGCUGUGGCAACGCAGGCGAGGGCAAUGCAAGCUCAGGCGGUUGCGGCACAAGCCAUGGAAGCGAGACGUAUAUCCACGCAAGGAUACGGUGGAUUGAUGGUUCCAGGUUUGCAUCCAGGCAUGGGCGCUACUACACCGAUGACGGCACCGGGUAUGAUUGGUCCAGGGAUGAUGGCACCAGGAAUGAUGGGCCCAGGGAUGAUGGGCCCAGGCAUGAUGGGCCCAGGCAUGAUGGGCCCAGGCAUGACGAGUCCAUGCAUGAUGGGCCCAGGCAUGAUGGGCCCAGGCAUGAUGGGUCCAGGCAUGAUGGGACCCUCUGGUGGAGGAUCAGAAGUGGCACGUCGGAGUUCCUCAGACAUAGGGCAACGAACGAGGCCAUUGUACAGAGGAAUCAGUAAGUUAACCGAUCACAUGCAAUGUGUGAGCGGCUUGUUCAAGGAAGCCCUGGGUGUCGUGCCCGCGGAGACAAGAUUGUCAAAGGCAGAACAGGAGGAAAUUCGAUUUUGUCUAGACAGAUUAACGAGGAACAUGGAGAAUAUGACGACUGAUCUACGAAGCACGAUGUUGACCACAACGGUUGCACCUGCGGCUACGAAGGAUGAAAAGAAAGACAAACAAGGGAAGAAUAAGAAGGGAGAUGAAAGUGAGAGUGUAAAGGACUCCGAGAGUGAAGAACAGGCUGGAAGGAAUCGCGGAGGGAAAAAAGGAGGUGGAAAGAGAGGUGGGAGGAGAGACGACGACUACGACGAGGAUUAUUGA